GUCAGUCUCAUUUUGUGCACGCAACGCGAUCAUAUUUCGGCAAUAAAAAUUAAAUUAAAUUAAAUCAAUUACAAAUUACAAAUUACGUGCAGUGCAUUGGACUCCCACUAAUACUGCGCUGAGAUGCAAUUAAAAACUCCGGCUAUCGGGACGAGACAUGUGCAAUGCUUCUUGUGUUUUUGUUGCCUAUCAAUUUGCUAUGCGUUACGCGUCAACCUUAGCGUGGGUAUUGUUGCGAUGACAGACCGAAAUUCAACGAAUAGCGAUCUUAAGGUCUACGACUGGGAUGAGGGCACCAAAUCAUAUGUGCUUAGCAGCUUUUUCUGGGGCUACAUCAUUACACAAAUACCCGGUGGACAUAUAGCACAAAAAUACGGCGCCAAAACACUUCUGCUCAUCGGCAUCACGCUCUGUUCUGCAUUAACGCUACUCACUCCAUUGGCUGUUAAAAUUGGCGGUUGGCAAUUACUUUUCGCACUGCGCGUCGUACAAGGACUGCUGCAAGGUUCGGUGCAUCCGGCGACACACGCUAUGUUGGCCAAAUGGGCGCCUGUUGAUGAACGUGGCGCGCUCAGCACCUUCUGUUAUUCGGGUUCGCAAUUCGGCACGGUAGUCGUCUUGGCCAUAAGCGGUGUAAUUGCUGAAUCCUCACUCGGCUGGCCUGGCAUUUUCUACAUCUCUGGCGGUUUGGGCAUCGUUUGGGGCAUUUGUUGGUUCUUCUUCUCAGCCAGCACGCCGGCGGAACAUAAAACGAUCUCACUAGAGGAGCGUAAAUACAUAGAAAACUCGUUGGGUCAAGUUGAUUCGACGCCGCGCACAGUUGCGCCUACGCCAUGGGUGAAGAUCUUCACCUCACCGCCAUUCCUAUCGCUCAUCAUUGUACACUGCACGCACAUGUGGGGCUUCUGGACGUUGCUAACACAAAUUCCCAACUACAUGAAGAAUAUACUGGGUGUGGAUAUGAAAAAUAGUGCGUUGCUAUCGUCGUUACCCUAUGCCGUCAUGUGUUUGCUGAGCUUCUUCUUCAUCUACCUGUCCAAGGUGUUGGCGCGUCGAGAGAACGUAUCGCUCUCAUUCAAUCGCAAAUUCUUCAACUCAAUCGGUCACUGGAUACCAAUGAUCUCACUCAUCGCAUUGGGCUAUGUCACGCAGGAGCAUGCCAUGCUCGCUGUUGUGCUGCUCACGCUCACCGUCGGUAUCAGUGCUGCCACAUAUCUGGGCUUCCAGGUGAAUCACAUCGAUCUAUCACCAAAUUAUGCGGGCACGCUGAUGGGCAUCACCAACGGCUCAGCGAAUGUGAUGAGCGCGCUGGCACCGCUAGCCGUGGGUUUGGUUGUCACCGAUGUGACAAAUGCGGCAGACUGGCGCACUGUGUUCUUCAUUGCGGCAGGCUUCUACUUUGUAGGCAAUUUGCUUUUUGUCAUAUUUGGCAAAACCGAGGUGCAAAGUUGGAACUCGCCCGAAGAUGCGCUAGCGAAACGCUUGAAUGUGGUGGAUGCUGAAACGCCUGCGCUGCUGCUGAAUGGCGAUGCAAAAAAGCCAGUAGUAAUCAAGGAAAACGGCAAGCAAUAGGCCAACGCUCAACGGCGGACAUUGUUGGUUCCGUGUACUCUAUAAGUAGUUGUAGUAGUUCAGUAAGCACACAGAAGACCUCCUAGUUGAUAAUUUGUAGGCUUAUGUAUUAAGGCUCUUUUGAAUGAUUCCUGUUGUGCGUGUAACGCGACAUGUUGUGAUAGUUAGAUAGAUGUUGCAACUGUAUGCGUUGCAGGCGUUCUGCGAUAAUGUAAUUUAUAUAUAUUUUUCCUUAUAAGUAAAAUAUACAUACAUUAAGUAUUUUAUAGUAAAAAGUGCGAGUAGGGGACAAAACCAGUUAAAAAUGGCUGCCCUGCACGCUUGUACAUAUGUAAGAAGUGAAUAUGUAAAUAACUAUGUAAAUCAGUCACGAAUGUAAGAUGGUGGUUCCAGAUGGCCAGUUAAGCACAAUUAGUAAACUUAUUAAAUGUUUAUGCAUGUACGUUAAAUAAGACCCAGACGAGCUUCCAAAUAUCUAGACAAAAUUUCGAUAUUAUAUUUUUAAUGAAAAAAUAUGUAGAUAAGCAACAAAAAACAAAACAAGAACAUAUUUUAAUGUAAUUAAAACUAAAUAAUGCAUAAGACAUUUUUUUUAAAUUAAAUUGUACACAGUAUUUGUUUUGUAAUGAAUUUAAUAAUUUGAAUUUAUUCGGUGAAAUUCGUUGAACAAGUGGCGCAUGUUGACGAAAGUGUUGAGCGAAUGAGUACCGUAAUAUUUACCUAGAACUGAUAAUAUUGUUUAUAUUUUCACUAAUUGCAACUACUGAUUGCAAUAAUCGAAAUGCCUUACAUCACAUUGUUUGCAAUUGCUGUUGAUUAUUCUUGAUUCAGCUAUUCGCUUAAAAAAUAACAACUUUAACUUUGUUUUUUUUGCUAUUUGAAAAGUAUGGUUUUCUUAUUAUUUUUCAGCUUAUGCAAUACAUAUUAUGUAGUUGCGCAAACAUCGCAGUUGAAACACUUGUAUCAAGAAAACUAAAACUUUUGUCAGUGACGAAUAUCAUAAGCGGUGCUGAGCUUUCUAAAUGCCCUUCGAGUAAAUUGCCACGUGAAUGGAGCACGCGAGGUGGCUUUUUGCAGGACCCCUUAUCGCGCUUACGUGAAGCUACACAGUGUUACCAAGGAUAGGGUGGUCAAGUUUAUAUAAUCGAACAGUCCCUAAAGUCCAGUGCUUUGAGCCCUUUUGCAUGCAUCUAGCUGCUCUAAGAGUGUUUCUGCAGCAAAAAUAAAAUUUCGUAAAAAAUGUUGCUUACGUCUUUUUGACGGUUAGGGGUCGAUAGUUUGCAACAAGUUAUAAGCAUCGUCAAAUUUUAUGUACGUCCAGUUUAUGCAGUUUGUUUUAGAUUAAAUGCACACUUAAUUUUAGCUUGUUAUAUUAGAAUAAGUUGUGUAUUUGUUAAAUUUUUCUAAGCUGCAAUAAUUUAUUUUUUAUCAUUGAUAUAAAAUGCACAAAUUUUAUUUAUAAUCACUUAGUUCUAAUAAUAAAAGAAUUUGAAAAAA